AUGGCUCACCGGCUUGCCGACAACUCGGCAGCCAUCUUCUCGCCGUCCGUCGCCCGCAUCGCCGCGUCCACCGCCCGGGACUGGUCCUACGUCGACGCCUGGCUGGCAUCCAAGUCCCCUGCAUGGAAGAGCUCGCUGCCGCCCUUUGAGCGGAACCAGGACACGCUCAAGGCGCUGCUGGCCCUCGUCUCCAUCAACGAAGCGGCCGAUGACCAGCGCCGCCUGCUGGCGCGGGUCGACGCCACGGCGCUCCAGGGGCUCAGCGCCCACGACCGGGCCGAGAUGCCCUCCAGCAGCAGCAGCAGCAACAACAACAACAAUAACAACAGUAGUAGCAGCAACAGCGGCGGCAACACGGCACUCACAAAGGGCCACUUGCUCGAUGCCAUAGAGCACAGCCUGCCCAAGGACGGCGCCAACGCGCUCAACGUCCUCACGGCCGUGGCCUCGGAGGCGGCCGCCACCGCGAGCCCGGACCCGGAUCACAUUGGCCGCCUGAUGCUGCGUCUCCAGGGCAGAAUCUACGGCGCCGAGCAGACGGCCGCCCGGGUCGAUGCCCUCGAGCGCCACCUCCAGCGGGAAACGGAGGCGGCAGAGGAGCUGCUCCACACGCUGCAGAGCGACGGCUACAAGCCGCCCUCGGACCUGGCCAAGCAGAACCUGGAUGUUCAGCGGAGGAUCAAGACCGUCUCUGCCCAGCUGCCCGAUCUCCACGACCGCGUCACGGCCCUUGCGGCGUCCGUCGCCACGCCGCACCCCGCAAUUGGCGAUGUCAUUGAGCUGGAGCAGCAGUAUCAAGCAUUGCUCUUCCACGUGAGGGAGCUCAGCGAACAGCUCGCUGCUCUUUCCCAGCAGGGGGCGCGGUAG